UUCUGCUGCUUGGACUCCGGGCGCACAUCUCCACAGACGAACAGCGGCUACAGCCGGACUGACAAAUGUCGAACGUCGGAAAAAAUAAGUUUCUCCACUGACGAAAAUACUUUUUCGUGCAAUUGGUAUCCAUCAAACGCUGCAGUUUACUUCAUCGCGCAAGUAAAGUAUGAAAAGUGUGGUAGAGCGUUAGUAUUUUGUCCCCAAAGAUAGUUGAAAGUAACGCUGUGUGCAGAGGGAAGACCGGCGAAGUGCAGAAGAAGCGGAAAAGCUAGUUUUUGUAUCGCUGGUAAUUUGUAGUGGUGGUAGUGCAGAGAGGACCUCUAUAUCUGCCUGUGUGCUGUCCGUGUGUGGUGGUGUCAUCGACGGUGUAAAAGAGCUUUACACAGUCGCGCUGACUGAAGCAGAGAAAGAUGGCCGAUGGCGUUGAAAUCGAUCUGUACGCCGACGAUUUGGACCAGGAUUACGCGCAAAACAAUGACGAUUUCGGUGGCGAUAGUGGCGACCUGUACGACGAUGUAAUCGUACCAUCCGGGGACCGCAACAAUGCGGGCAGAGGCCCGUCGAUGGACCGGGGCGAUGGUGUCGAUACGAAUGGUUCGUACCACCAUCAUCCCGGGGCUUGGUCGCUCAGCCACAUUCCACGCCGUCAUCAGCUGUACGUGGGCAAUCUGCCCUGGUGGACGACGGACCAGGACAUCACCGACUCGGUCGCGGAAGUUGGCGUGAACGAUUUCCAGGAGGUGAAGUUCUUCGAGAAUCGUGCCAAUGGACAAUCGAAGGGUUUCUGCGUGAUUUCGCUCGGUUCGGAAAACAGCAUGCGGCUCGUAAUGGAACGGCUACCGAAGAAGGAACUGCACGGUCAGAAUCCGGUCGUGACACUGCCAACGAAGCAGGCGCUGAAUCAGUUCGAAAGCCAGCAAAAAACCCGACCCACGCCACCGGCACCAGGGCAAAGCAAUGGACCGCGACCGCCUGUACCCGGCAUGCCGAUGGGUGGCCCGGGCGGACCAGGUGGCGGCCACGGAGGACCGGGCAUGGGAGGUCCGGGAGGGCCUCCGGGUGGCGGUCCUGGUGGACCGGGUGGACCAGGUGGUAUGGGCGGUCCCGGCGGACCGCAGCCACGGAUGAUGAACCCCAAUAUGCCGCCGGGCAUGCGUCCACCGCACCCGCACAUGUCCGGACCGAUGCACAUGCAGGGACCGCACGGCGGACCGGGCGGGCCACCGCGACCACAGGGACCGCCAAUGCAUCAAGGGAAUGGACCACCGCAGCAACCGCCUCGAUUCCAGAAUCAAAACCAAUGGAAUGGUCCGCCACGAAUGAACGGUCCGCGACCAGGCGGCCCGGGGGGUCCAGGCCCAAUGCAGCACAGGCCGCAAAUGUUCCAAGGACCGCCAAACGGCAUGCCACGUGGACCACGCCCGGAAUGGAACCGGCCGCCGAUGCACGGUGGUUACCCGCCGGGUCAUCCUGGUGGCCCCGGACAGGGACCACCGCACAUGCAGGGAGGGCCACACGGGCCGCGCGCUCCCCAUCACGGAUCGAUGGGUGGGCCGCCGGGACCGCAGGGUCCUGCCCCGCACGUGAAUCCGGCGUUCUUUAAUCAGGGCGGUGGCCCACCGAAUCAUCCCAAUGGAGGUGGCCCCGUCGGACCGCCGCACGGUCCACAGGGACAGGGCGGGGGACCGCCGCAACACUUCAACCCACAGGGUGGUGGAGCUCCACGGGGCGGUCCAUGGCCGGUACAGGGUGGCAAGCCGCCGGGUGCGCCAGGCGGAUUCCCUGAACAUCCGGUCAUCACCCCGCAGCUGAGCGAAGCCGAAUUCGAGGAGAUUAUGACCAGGAACCGUACAGUCAGUAGUUCCGCCAUCGCGAGAGCCGUAUCGGAUGCCGCUGCUGGCGAAUACUCAAGCGCAACCGAAACACUGGAAACGGCGAUCUCGCUUAUCAAGCAGUCCAAGGUGGCUCAAGACGAACGGUGUAAGAUUUUGAUUGUCUCACUGCAAGACACGCUGCACGGCAUCGAGGCGAAGAGCUACACCCGGCGAGAGCGUUCCCGGUCGCGCGAACGCUCGCACAGACGCCAGCGCCGGGAGCGGUCAACGUCACGCUACCGGGAACGUUCGCGCGAUCGCGAGCGGGAGCGUGAGCGUGAUCGGGAUCGCGACCGUGAACGUGAUGGCUCUCGCCGAUCUCGCCCAAGGAAAUCUCCGGAACCGGCCACUGAUAACGCAACGGAUAGCUCGUCGAAACGGUACUACAACGACGAUCGCUACCGUUCGUCGGAUCGUGAGCGGGAGCGCGAUCGCGACCGCGAGCGCCGUGAAGAUCAUCGAUCACGGCAUUAAGUAGUGCUAAAAUGAACCCUUAUAUUUUCGAACGCUACUAGCAAAACGGAACUAGCUGGUUGCCUCAAAAUUCCUGCAACGCUACACUACAAUUGAAUUCUAAAGUUUUUGGGCAAUUGUCUUUUUUGACAGUUCAGUUCCCAUUUCCAUGGAGAGAAGUUAAUGUGAAACAAAAUGAACUACACACACGGUCCGCAGCCCGAUCCUUUUGCCCCGUAAUACUUCCCACAGUUUUAUAUAUGUAUCGAUGUUUCCCCACAUCUCGCCCAAAGUUUUUGAAAGUAGUUUAAUUUGAAGUUUUGGUUUCUAUUUUGUAUAAAAUUAGUGCAAAAGUCGUUCCAAACAUGGAGCAAAAUGUAGUAAGUUCAUUGUGAAACAAGAAUAUCUCAUAUACACGUUUUAAUUGCACGACGCUCUCGAGUUUCCCCCUGAUCUCGUUGCACUUACAAAAGCGCCGCCGUAUCGUCUCUCUGUAUGCAAAGUGUUUAGACGGAGAAUGUAUCUUCUUUUUUUAAAUUCCAUUUGCACUAUAACUAUUCUACCAAAAUGAGACGUGGGAAGCAUCUGAGAGCAUAAUAAUACGCCACAUAGCUAAAUGUAACGCAGAGAAGGACGCAUCGGAGCGCAGGCAUGGUGACAAAGAUUUAAGGCGCGCAACGGCAAAGAGGAAGCAUCAAUAUAUAUUCAAACUACACAUCCAUCCCGCUCUACUACUAGCAGAGUACACUUCCCAUCAUUGGCGUUCCUCUAAGCAAGCAGCAGGAAUGACAAUCUGGUGCAGCGACAACAGUGUUGUGUGCAAGCAUGCGCGCGUGUGUUUGGUGUGUGUGUGAGUGUUGUUCCGUCAGUGGUUUAAAGAUCUGUUACAACUCCUGAAGACUCCUUGCGGGUCGUGUGCGUUCCGUGUGUACAUCCUGCUACGUACGAUCCAUGCCCGACGGCAGUGGGUGCAUCUUGAACGGUCAGCAGACUCAGCAUUGACAACGCAACGACUCCCAGCACUUCCCGGCGGCAGUAGUUUCCUGAUGGCAGCAGCAGCUGUAGCAGCAGCAGCAGUUGUAGCAGCAGCAGCAGCAGCAGCAGCAGUAAUCAUCAGCGGCAGCAGCAGCAGCAGUAAUCAUCAGCGGCAAGCGGGUAAUGCUGGAGGAGGCCACGUGUUGCUGUGACAGUGACGCACGACUCGACGAUGACGACGCUACUGAUCCGCAAAGAAGAUUGUAACACAUCCCUCUUUUUGAAGUCAAUAAUUAUAAACGUAAUCAGAGAGAAAAAAAAAUCAAAAAAAAAAAAAAAUGUGCAAA